AUGGAGGCCCCUCUGCAAACAGGAAUGGUGCUGGGAGUGAUGAUCGGGGCCGGAGUCGCAGUGCUAGUUACGGCGGUGCUCAUCCUCCUGUUGGUGCGGAAGCUGCGAGUGCCCAAAACCCCAGCCCCGGAUGGCCCCCGGUAUCGAUUCCGGAAGAGGGACAAAGUACUUUUCUAUGGCCGGAAGAUUAUGCGGAAGGUGUCUCAAUCCACUUCCUCCUUGGUGGAUACCUCUGUCUCCACCUCCCGGCCACGCAUGAAGAAGAAACUUAAGAUGCUCAACAUUGCUAAGAAGAUCCUACGCAUCCAGAAAGAGGCUCCCACUCUGCAGCGGAAGGAGCCCCCGCCCUCUGUGCUGGAGGCAGACCUGACCGAGGGUGACCUAGCCAACUCUCACCUGCCCUCUGAGGUUCUCUACAUGCUAAAGAAUGUUCGGGUGUUGGGCCACUUUGAGAAGCCCCUUUUCCUGGAGCUUUGCCGGCACAUGGUCUUCCAGCGGCUCAGCCAGGGGGACUACGUCUUACGGCCUGGCCAACCUGACGCCAGCAUCUACGUGGUACAAGAUGGACUGCUGGAGCUCUGUCUGCCCGGGCCUGUGAGUGGACCACCUGAGGGAGUCCCAGGGUCGGGACUGGGCGUCCCCCCGCACUCGGAGCUCACCAAUCCAGCCAGCAACCUGGCCACCGUGGCGAUCCUGCCUGUGUGUGCUGAGGUGCCCAUGGUGGCCUUUACCCUGGAGCUGCAGCAUGCUCUGCAAGCCAUUGGUCCCACACUCCUCCUUAACAGUGACAUCAUCCGGGCCCGUCUGGGGGCCUCAGCGCUGGAUAGCAUCCAGGAGUUUCGGUUGUCUGGGUGGCUGGCCCAGCAGGAGGACGCGCACCGCAUUGUGCUCUAUCAAACGGAUGCAUCACUGACGCCCUGGACUGUUCGCUGCCUGCGCCAGGCUGACUGCAUCCUCAUUGUGGGGCUGGGUGACCAGGAGCCCACUCUCGGUCAGCUGGAACAGAUGCUUGAGAACACGGCUGUGCGCGCGCUCAAGCAGCUCGUCCUGCUACACCGGGAGGAGAGCCCGGGCCCUGCACGCACCGUCGAGUGGCUCAACAUGCGCAGUUGGUGCUCUGGGCACCUGCACCUACGCUGUCCGCGCCGCCUCUUCUCACGUCGCAGCCCUGCCAAACUGCACGAGCUCUACGAGAAGGUGUUCUCUCGGCGCGCGGACCGCCAUAGCGACUUCUCCCGCCUGGCGCGGGUGCUCACCGGAAACACCAUCGCCUUGGUGCUAGGCGGAGGCGGGGCCAGGGGCUGCUCCCACAUCGGAGUGCUGAAGGCGUUAGAGGAAGCAGGUGUCCCGGUGGACCUGGUGGGUGGUACCUCCAUCGGCUCCUUCAUUGGGGCUCUGUAUGCGGAGGAGCGCAGCGCCAGCCGCACUAAGCAACGGGCCAGGGAGUGGGCCAAGAGCAUGACCUCGGUGCUAGAGCCCGUCCUGGACCUCACAUACCCCGUCACCUCCAUGUUCACGGGCUCAGCCUUCAACCGCAGCAUCCACCGGGUCUUCCAGGAUAAGCAGAUAGAGGACCUGUGGCUGCCGUACUUCAACGUGACAACAGACAUCACUGCCUCGGCCAUGCGUGUCCACAAAGACGGCUCCUUGUGGCGAUACGUGCGCGCCAGCAUGACGCUCUCGGGCUACCUGCCCCCGCUGUGCGACCCGAAGGACGGGCACCUGCUCAUGGACGGCGGCUAUAUCAACAACCUGCCAGCGGAUAUUGCCCGCAGCAUGGGCGCCAAGACGGUCAUCGCCAUUGACGUGGGCAGCCAGGAUGAGACGGACCUCAGCACCUACGGGGACAGCCUGUCUGGCUGGUGGCUGCUGUGGAAACGGCUCAACCCCUGGGCGGACAAGGUCAAGGUCCCAGACAUGGCUGAGAUCCAGUCCCGCCUGGCCUAUGUGUCCUGUGUGCGUCAGUUAGAGGUCGUCAAGUCCAGCUCCUACUGCGAGUACCUGCGUCCACCCAUCGACUGCUUCAAGACCAUGGACUUUGGAAAGUUCGACCAGAUCUUUGAUGUGGGCUUCCAGUAUGGGAAGGCGGUAUUCGGGGCCUGGAGCCGAGGCAACAUCAUUGAAAAGAUGCUCACAGACCGCCGCUCCACAGACCUGAACGAGAGCCGCCGCACAGAUGUUCUCGCCUUCCCCAGCUCCGGCUUCACUGACCUGGCAGAGAUCGUGUCCCGGAUCGAGCCCCCGACAAGCUACGUUUCUGAUGGCUGUGCUGAUGGAGAAGAGUCGGAUUGCCUGACUGAGUAUGAGGAGGAUGUUGGCCCCGACUGCUCUCGGGACGAAGGGGGCUCCCCUGAGGGUGCCAGCCCCAGCACGACCUCUGAGCUGGAGGAGGAGAAGUCGGUGCUCCGACACCGGCGAGGACUGCCCCAGGACCCUCCCAGCUCCACCGCGGAUGCCUGA